GUGAGCCGUCAAGCGAUCAGAGGCGGAAGCAAGGGUAUCCGUGGUAACAACACAGGAAGUGUCGCGCGACAGUUUAAAAACUGUAUCAAAUUUUCGUUAGCUUUUCUGUUAUGCUUAUAUCCCCUUAAAAUCUCCUUUUCCUGCUAAUUGUUCCUCUACACUGAUAAUAUAAGUUUUUUUUACUAGGUUUAAUUUGCCCGGAAGCCCGAAGCAGAGGUUUGAAGUAGUGGAAGGUCGCGGUAGGUUUGUGGGAUUUUUUAAAAAAACUAUUCUCAGCUGAUUUACUGUGUGAGCAAUGCUUUUGAGAACCGGGCGUACGCAGCAGCAGCAACCCAAAGGGAAAAGACUCAUUCGCCCUAAGAAGGCAGCAGCUCCCAAGAAAGACUGGGUGAGCACUGUCAAUGACCUCUCUGUACACAAGCUGAGUCCUGCUGAGCUGUGUCAUCGACAUGAGAUCCACAAGUCUCACAAUAAAGCUGCAGCUCACUGGGAGCUCAGAGAGAAAGCCCUGAAACGUCGUCUCAGACAUGCCGGCAGCUCCCCAGGCCUGGACCACACCAGCCUCACCAUCAUCAGAGAUGUUUUCUCUGAGCAGCCGCUGCUGCACGAUGCGCUGGCCCAGUCUGACAGAGCCUUGGCUGUGGUCAAGGACCUGUUUGGAGACGCUCCACGGAGGCAGACUGGGCACCCCAGUGUGACUGUGGCUCCAAACUGUGACUCUGACUCAGAACUGCCUGUUCUCCAGAGACCUGAUCCUCCAACCCAACUGUCCCUCCUCAGCCAAUCCAUAAUGGAUCAAGAGGCACUUAAUGAAGUAGAAGUUUCAAGGGAAGAUGUCAGAGAUGAGGAUCUGUCAAGCAGUUCAGGGAGUCGAUUCAUCAGAAGGACAAAUAUAAGGAAAACAAAAACCCAGACCAGAGCGACACAGAAACAAAAAGGUCAUCGUCUCAGGUCUCAUGCAGGAGAUAAAGAAAACAUCCCUGUGACCCCCAUCAGAUCAGGCAGAGCACCGGACCCAACUGCUCUCAACGCCACGGCAGCUGUUAAGCGUUUUCUGACCAAGCAGCGUCCAUCAGAUCAAAACGAGGAAGAGGCUUCUGUCCUGGUUUCUCAGGUCCUGAAUCCCGAACUGCCUUCACGCCAGUCAGGAAGAAUAAGAAAACACACUGAGAAGACCAGGAAGGGCGUCUGUCGGGCCUUGGAGCUGGAUGGCUCCUCAGUUGCGUCUCUUAGUGGAGACCAGUCCAGCCUGGGCCUGCUGCAGGACAUGUUGGGCCAAGUCAAGGCGGACUUGGACACUAUGAGUUCUGAUAUAGCACCAGAACCAACAGGGAGUCCAGAACCCUAUGAAAGACAAGGUCUAACCGGAUUCUCUGUUUCCUUGGUCUCCACGAUUGGACGCUUAGUCCAGCUCAUCAGAAAGAGAGAAGCUGAAGCUCAGGAAGAAGCCGAGGAACGGCGGCGACUGCAGGAGGAUCUGAAGGAGCAGCGAGGGCUUAUGGAUGCUCUAACAGCUGAAACCAUGACCCUGAGAGAAGAGGGUGCCGCCAUGCAGGCAGGGCUUCUGCAGCGGACAACAGAGCUGGAGCAGAAGCUGGAUUCUGUGGUGCUUCUGAUGAGUGGACUGGGAGUACUGGGAGAACAGACAAAACCAAGCAGAGUCUCUGAUGGAAGAGUGUCCCAGUCUUGUGUUUGUCAGUCUGUUGGUGGUGAUGAGAAAACACAAACUAGAGUUUCUCCUGCCGUCCUCCUUUCCCCACCUCAACAAUGUGACAACUGGCAACAAAGUCCUGUUCACGCGUUACCACUACAGCGACGCCUUUCCCCGUCAGACACCCAGCGUUCCUGUGAAAGCGUCCAGUCUCACGUCUCCACCUCCACUCUCAUGAGACGUCAGUCUGUCUCCUCAUCGUCACUCCCCUCUAAUCAGCCCGUCCUCCUUCCCUCCCCUAAAGCCAUGCUGGCUGAGAUCGCUGAGCUGAAAAGGCAGAACGACCUGAUCAAGGCUCAGCUCAUCCAGGCAAAGAGCCUCGGGUCAGGGAACACGGGAUUGGCUGACAGCUGCAAUGAGCAGAGCAAGUCGAGUCCAGCCAGCGGCGCUGGAGAGAGGAAGAUGACCGGCCAGCAUCUUCAGUCUCCAGAGGGAACAUCUUCAGCUUCUCAGGCAGCGUCCUCCAGCACUCCGAGCGUGGAACAGCGCCUCCUGGAGCUCAACAGACAAAGCGCGGCAGCUAGGAGUCGACUGCUGGAGCUGAUCGAGCAGCAGAAGCGAAGCUCUUCGCUCAGAAUCUCCCCAUCCGUCUCCCCCAUCCCUUCCUCGGCCGUCAGCCCGAAUGCAGCAGCAGAAGGACAGAGCUCAGAGGAGUCGGUGCUGCCGCCUGAAAGGGAGUUUGGGUCUCAUCGACAAUAUGCUGAUUCUGAUGCAUCCAACAGUUUGAGUUUUGAGAGCAAGACUGGAGAAAUAAAGCAAAACGAGAAACGGCGAGAACGAGAAGGAUGGUUUUCUCUGGUCGCUCACACCAGAUGACACGAGGGAAAAGACUAAACGAACCUG